AUGUCACCCAACAUUAAGGUGUUUUGGCUGAUUUUACCGCUGAUUGCUCUUUGCUAUGCAGCAAAAAACAGCAGCAGCGGCGGAAAAUCUAAUCGUUACAUGGGCGCUUACCCAUAUCCACCGCAUGGACCCUGUGCUUAUGGUACUCCUUUUGGCGCACCAGGGAUACCAGGUAUUCCCGGGAGCCCAGGACCCGCGGGACCCACGGGCAUCGCAGGACCACCCGGUCCUCGUGGUUCUACGGGACCACAAGGGGACAAGGGCGACGCCGGAAAGCCAGGAAACCAAGGCCUUACAGGUCCACAGGGACCUCCGGGAAAAAUGGGACCUCAAGGGUCCAUAGGCCGACAGGGUCCACGAGGAACCAAAGGUGAUGCAGGGGAUAAAGGAAGCCAGGGAGCCCCAGGCCUCCGGGGACCUCCAGGAGCUCUGGGAAAUAAUUGGAAACAAUGUGUAUUCAAAAAUUUAAACGAUGGAAAGGACACUGGCUUGAUAAAGGAAUGCCUUUUCAUCAAAAAGUCGGCCAAAACAGCUCUGCGCGUGUUUUGGAGUGGCAACCUCCGCCUCUAUAACUGCCAUAAUUGCUGCAGACGAUGGUAUUUCACCUUAAACGGCGCAGAGUGCUCAGCUCCUGCUGCAAUUGAUGGCGUAGUCUACAUGGUACAUGGAAGUGGCGGCAAAAAGAAUUUACACCGCCCCCGUCAUAUCGAGGGUGUGUGCGAGAAAGUCCCCAAAGGUGUUGUGCGCGUUGGAUUCUGGGUCGGUAACUGUAGUGGGUACGGAUCUGCUGACGCAUACACAGGCUGGAACUCAGUGUCCCGGAUCUACGUGGAAGAAGUACCACCCCCACAGUCAGUCCAUUACUAUUUUCAAGAUCAAAUUGGUUUCGGGGUCAGAGAAUUGCUGAUAAACGUCAUACAAGCUUGUGUGAGCAUGUCACCCGACAUUAAGGUGCUUUGGCUGAUUUUACCACUGAUUGCUCUUUGCUACGCAGCAAAAAACAGCAGCAGCGGCGAGAAAUCUAAUGGUUACAUGGGCGCUCACCCAUAUCCACCGCAUGGACUCUGUGCUUAUGGUGCUCCUUUUGGCGCGCCAGGGAUACCAGGCAUUCCCGGGAGCCCAGGACCCGCGGGACCCACGGGCAUCGCAGGACCACCCGGUCCUCGUGGUUCUACGGGACCACAAGGGGACAAGGGCGACGCCGGAAAGCCAGGAAACCAAGGCCUUACAGGUCCGCAAGGACCUCCAGGAAAAAUGGGAGCUCAAGGGUCCACAGGCCGACAGGGUCCACGAGGAACCAAAGGUGAUGUAGGGGAUAAAGGAAGCCAGGGGGCCCCGGGCCUCCGGGGACCUCCAGGAGCUCUGGGAAGUAAUUGGAAACAAUGUGUAUUCAAAAAUUUGAACGAUGAUAAAGACACUGGCUUGAUAAAGGAAUGCCUUUUCAUCAAAAAGUCGGCCAAAACAGCUCUGCGCGUGUUUUGGAGUGGCAACCUCCGCCUCUACGGCUGCCAUGGUUGCUGCAGACGAUGGUAUUUCACCUUCAAUGGUGCGGAGUGCUCAGCUCCUGCUGCGAUUGAUGGCGUAGUCUACAUGAUAAAUGGAAAUGGCGCCAAGAAGAAGGAUUUACACCGCCCCCGUCAUAUCGAGGGUGUGUGCGAGAAAUUCCACAAAGGUGUUGUGCGCGUGGGAUUCUGGGUCGGUAACUGUAAAGGUUACGGAUCUGCUGACGCAUUCACAGGCUGGAACUCAGUGUCCCGGAUCUACGUGGAAGAAGUACCACCCCCACAAGCAUAAUGUCUUAUAACCUACCAUGGUUUCAUUGCUCAAUAUCUAACAGCAGAAUAAGAACAAUAGCACAAUCAGGAAUCUUAGAUUUAACAGUCGGGAUAAAAUACAGUAAAGUUGUGAAAUCGGGCAUUUUUAGCUUCUGAACUAUAUAGA